AUGGUGGAUGAAGUCCUCGGUCGAGAGACCCAAGAUCCUGGAAAGCCCUGGGUGUGGCAGAUCGCAGGGCGAGACGGACGGCACCCUACCACCUCGGGAGGCGGGGAGGGCGAGGACGGUGAUGGAGAAAAGAGGAACGAGGCCAUCACGCCCGAGGGCAAAUCGCCGCAGCAACUGCGAUACGCGUUCAUCCAGAAGGGUUAG